AGUGGCGUUAGAACUUAGAAUGGCUUCAUCUUCAAGAAACAAAUCGAACGUUCAAGAUUCUCAUGCGUUUCAGAGAUCGUUGCCGUCGAGGUGCCCAUCCUCCUCGGCAUUCGCUUCCUCGAGCUCGACCUUCUCCUCCCGAUCUUCGACCUUCUUCACGCGAUCCCCCAAGCCCGCCGACAUGCACGGACGCCGCUCCUCCUUUACCUCGCCAUAUUAUUCCGUACGGUUUUCCAUCGAGCGGCCAACCUCUCCGGGACGUUCUUCGAUCUAUAUGAGGAAGCAAGCCAACAACACUGCGGUGUCGUCCAGCAAGAAGAACGUCGCGUGCGCCUGUUCUCCUACGACGCACCCCGGCUCUUUCCGAUGCUCUAUGCACAAGGCUUCUGCUGAAAAUGGAGUCAAGCAUGGCCAUCAACAGAGAACGGAGUCGCAACAGCUGAGUCUUCGGAGGUCGGCGAUGAAGAAUUCACUGGUGAGGAUAGGAGGAGUACUGGAGGGUGGCGACUUGGUCAUGAGAAGAGCCUUGUCGGCUCUGAUUAGGCCCUCGUCUCACCAGCAGCGGCGCAGAUCAGCCUUGUUUAAGCCGAUGCCGAGUCUUCUCUCGGUAAUGUCCAAAGCCGAUGACUCUUGAAUUAACUCGGGAGCGGUUUAAUUUGUUUUUCGGGUUUGAGAAGUGGCGGCUGGGUAGGAUAUACAUACGUAGUUGGUGCCAUGAAAAUCUUGCCAGAAGAGUUUUUCUUUAAAGAUCACGAAAAAUUCUUUAAAAAAAGGCAAAAUUUAGUCUGGUAUUUAUAAUGAGAACGUAAUUAUUCU